AUGGCCUCCAAAAUACCCAAUCUCCCUCAUGCUACAAAAUGGCUACUGCGACCUUCAACAAUUGCUGCAUUCAAGCCUGCAUUCUCGCCCGCAGUGCCAAAAUCCUACCUACACCAACAAGGCCCCUCUCGUUCCGCUGUCGUCCACGAACAAGCACUCCCUCAAACACAGCCACAAGUGCCACCGGUCUUCACUCAACCACGGACCCAAUCGCCCUCAAAACAAGCAGUAGGACUUGAUGAUGCCGCCAAUCUCGACGCUAUCAUCUCCCAGAUGCCGCUUGUCCAAUCUCUCCGCCAGUCCCGCCAGUCAUACAAGGAAUCGCGUCCACAUCUCGCCAUCCCGCCAGCAAUUAGACAACACCACUUCGUUGGGGGUAGUCUAGCAGGUACAGGAAAGCUCGCACUAGCUCCUUACAUGUGGACAUCAUCAAAAAAGACGAAGACCGAGUCCGGAAAAACCGUCAACGCCAGCAGUGUCGUAUCAGUGUUCCAUAUUGGCCGUGAUCUCUGCGGCCAUCCCGGCUUCGUACAUGGCGGUUUACUUUCCGUGCUAUUCGAUGAAGUCUUUGCGAGAUGUGUCUCUGCGGCGUUCCCGAGUGGAUUGGGUAUGACGGCGAAUUUGAAUGUUGAUUUCCGGAAGCCGGCGCUGCCGGAUCGGAUUUAUGUGUUGCGGGCGGAGACUACGAAGGUUGAAGGGAGAAAGGCUUGGGUGGAGGGGAAGAUGUCGUAUCUUCCGUUGUCAUUGCCUGCGCUGUUUGAUGCGCAGAGUUUUGUAUCGGAUGUUGAGUUGUUAAGUGAGGAUAAUGAAGGUGCUGUGAUGGUAUCGGAGGCGAGAGCUUUGUUUGUGGAGCCUAAGUUUGCCGAUUCUAUGGUGUCGGUUUAUAGGACCUGA